AUGUCAGACAACAUCGAAAGAGAGCUGGACUAUAUUCUCGAGCAAGACGUGGCACGAGACAGCAGAAUAGAGGGAUUUCAGCAGGAGCUCUUGGAGUUGAGAGCCCAAGUUCUGCGACUGACCCAGCAGAAUCAGCAAAAGGUUCUUUCUUCAGUCUCGCAGUGCAAUCUAAUGUUGACUAAGUUGCAAAAACUGCCAAAAAUUCGUCGGGUGCUCCGUGGCAGUCUUAUGCUAAGAAGAGAAAUAGUGGAAAAGGAACUGGACAAGCUCCUUGAAUCGCAGUGCAGAGCAAUGCGCACAGCGCUGGAUCUUCUGAGCGAAUUCGCGAACAGAGUCACUGAAGCAGCGUCUGAAGCACAUGCAAAGCACGACGAAGAACUGGACGAAAUUAUUCGCGCAGACACUGCAUCUGCAUGCUCUACAGAAAAGGUCAAGACAGUAUGCAACCUAGUUGACCGACAACAAGUGAAUGCUGACAGACACGUUCCCUCGACGUCCGCGCAAGCCGAUGCGGAGCAGACUCCUAUGGAGACGGAACAAAUCGAGACACAGCAAAGUGACUUUCGCAAAGCUUUUGAGUUGCUGAAAGCCAACGACUUAUCUACAGAUGUCGCACUGCAGCCGAUCGAGUUCGAUGCAGUGACUGCUGCCGAAGGUGAGCCACUAUCUAGGCAAGCCCAUUCUUAUGGUCCGAGGCAGUUUGUUGACCGAACCCCAUUUCAGAUGAACGUCUCCGUGACCGAGCCGCUACGACCCAUGGAACAACCCUCGCCAGUCAGGGGCAAUCCCUCGAAAGGUUUGUCUCCCACAUUCAGUGAAACAAGUUUUCGCUUCGAGAACGGUGUAGGGGCAACAUUAGCAGCCAUGGCACUUCCGGAGGUGAAAAACUUCAGUAACCCCGAUGGUGAAGGUUUCGUGGAGUUUGUGUUCUCUUUCUCGAAGAAGUAUGGUAGGAUAGGCCUGCCAGACGAUAUGCUAAUUCAUCUUAUGAGCGAAAAGUUGGAAGGGUAUCCAAGCGCCGUUAUGAAAGCGCUACCAGAGGAAAGCAAACACGGUAAGUUUGCAGAUUUUGUGGCCGCACUGAAGGUGAAAUUUGCCGAAAACACUUCAGCUGAAAGAUUGGAGUCACAUGUUAAGCUGAAGCAGCUGAAGAUGACAAAGUCGGUCACCGAAUACUGUGUGCAAUUAGAGAGCUUGACUCGGAAAGCAAAUCCCAGCGCCUCCGAAGCUGACUUAUCGAUGGCGAGGGCCAGCGAACUAGUGUCACAGAUCACCAACUGUCAAGGAUAUUUCCAGCUCUUCGCCUUUAUGGAGAUUGAAAGAAAUAAAAAGGUAGCUGCGGCAACGAGGUCCGCCUCUGAAUUGAAGCAAGUGAACGAGCAAAGUGAACCGCGACGAUCCUUCCCAUUCCAGAAAGUUGAAGAAAGCGCAGAUCGAGCUAGAAACCUCGAAAAUCUAGCACAAAGGAUUGAAAGAAAUAAAAAGGCAGCUGCGGCAACGAGGUCCGCCUCUGAAUUGAAGCAAGUGAACGAGCAAAGAAAACCGCGACGAUCCUUCCCAUUCCAGAAAGUUGAAGAAAGCGCAGAUCGAGCUAGAAACGUUCAAAACCGAUCUCAAGAUAGCGGAGAACAAAGCUCCCAAUCACCCAUACAACAUGAUAGCCUACCACCACAAGCAGACCGCGGCUUCUGCCGGAUCUGCAAAAAGCCGGGACACCUCCUACGAGACUGUGACAAGAGGCAACAAGGGGCUGGGCAGCAAAACUCAGAACACGCACCCAAUAAUGCUUGCCCAAAACAGCCGAAACGCACCUUCACCACGGUUCUCGGAAAUUGGUCUUGUCUCACUUCAGGGUUGCACCACAGCAAAAAUGAGAUGUUUGGCAGCAAAACUAUGUGCAACGUGCAACUCCUAGGAUUUACUAGGAGAGCGCUGGUUGAUACAGGAUCCCGAGUGAGUAUCCUGCCGCUAAGCAUACUGCUGGACGCGAAAGAGGCUGGGUUCGAUCUGGACGCAGACGUCGAAGAGGUGAAGAUGGAAGAUCGCAUAAAAAUCUACGAUGCUUCGGGACGAAAAAUGGCAUUCAAAGGGAACGAUGAUACGAUCGUAUUGGGAACGAACAUCCUAGGCUCGGUUGGAACGAAAACGCUGCUGGAACCGUCGGUGCAGCUAAAGAGACAUUCGGUAAGCGUUCGGACGUCAUCUAGUCACUCAAAGACACAACAUGCGAGCACCCAGACCAUACCGCUCAAGGAGAAAGGUCAGACGAAACCUUUGAAGAGUGAUGCGAUAGCUAAAGCCAGGACAGAGACAAAGAGCCUCUCGUUAAGGAAGGAGAAUAAGGUUCUCAAGGCAGCGGUAGUGGCAAGGGUUUACCUCAAAUCAGGAGAAACGAAAACAGUUUCAAUCGCCGGUAGCCCUUCGGACUCCGCACAAAUUCUUUGGUCCAACUGUGACUUAAUACCCCAUGCUGUUUGUAGAUCCGGGCAAGCCUUGAGCGUGCCACUGACUAAUAUAACAGGAGGAACUAGAAUCUUCCGAGCAGGGGAAAAGGUGGGCUUCUGGGACCAGAGUCUUAUCGUCGAAAAGUCACCAGUAGAUUGCGCGAACAUGCUUGAACGCACAAGCGCACCAAUCAACGACCGUUGGAAAAUUCUAGUAGGAUUGCUCCAGGAGAACAAAUCCGAGGGAAGUUGGAACGAACUGUUAGAAAACAAAGUACAACACUUUCAAGAUGUUUUCGCGGUGACGGACCAAGAGCUCACGCAAACGCACGUAGUGGAGCACGAUAUCCAAACGGGCGCUGCGAAGCCAAAAGCAAAAGGCCAGAGCAGUUCCUCUGGCAGCGCGUGCGGAACUACGCAGGAUCCUGAUAGACCUUCAAGAACGCGAUAUCAU